AUGACAAGCUUCACCUCGGGCAGUUCCCACUACGCUGGCUACUACUCUACCGUGAGUGUAUUGCCAGAUACAACCAUUACGACUUUGGUUGCGGUGCCCACUACGCCGUCGAAUGGUGAUUCUGGUGGAGGCACGGCGCAACGAAAUGCAAAACUAAUUGGUGGUCUAGUGGGCUCGAUUGGCGGCACCAUUUUAAUUGGAUCUCUUGUGGUUCUAUUCUUGUUCCACAAGAAACGCCGUUCGAGAGUCACCAACCACUCGCCCGACUUUGCCGACGAUACAUCGGGCGACUCCAAUGAAAAAUCUGGUUUCAAGAAGCUCUUCGGUCUUGGCUCUGGUGCUGCUGCUGCAGGCGGCGCCGCUACGGUCGACACAUACAACGAUUUGGAGAAACACCUCAACUCAAGAGCUGCAACCUCUGACCCAUUCCUCGGCGGAGUAAGCGGGUCAGGCACCGGACACGAUACGUCAGACGAUUUUGCAUAUCGUGGAGUUUCCAAUAGUAAUAAUCUCGAUUCCAUCUUCCAUGGAAGUGGCACCGCAACCGGUGGCAACUCAAACAAUGGCACGGGAGGAUUGAACUCGAGUUCGGCCAGUCAACGAGGUCCUGGCCACUCACGAGUCAACUCGGACGUGCCCCGUAUGGACACGAUGCCCGAGCAUGCGGAUGACAUGCGUCAAGAAUACGAAAAGAACUUUGAGCAUAUGGACACUUCACACGUACGAGAACGACUGUCUGAAUUUGAGGACGAGGACGAGCUCUUCUUCCAGGCACACACGCAUGUACCGCUACUAGAGGGAGAGAACCAUAGCAACAACUCUCGUCUGAGAUUCUUUGAAGAAAUAUAG